AUGGCUCCCAGCUUCGACAAGCUCUCCGAGCACGACUUCGAAGACGAUGUCGAGGAUAUUGACUUCAGCGACCUGAAGGAACGAUUCGAUGUGCGAAUGGAAGAGGGUCUCGAUACCUUUGUUGUCGUCGAUGGGUUGCCGAUCGUCUCUGAAGAGCAGAAACCGAAACUCAUCAAGUUCUUGCUGAAGAGGCUAAACUCGGUGGGGAGGAUAAAGGAUGGCGAAGAGUCUAUCUUCAUGCCUAUGAACGAACAGGGAAUGUCCGAAGGGUUCGCAUUCGUUGAGUACUCGACUCCGGAGCAGGCAGUCGCCGCCACCAAGCAACUCCACGGAACAGCCCUUGACAAGAAACAUACCAUCGCCGUCAAUAAACUCACAGACAUCGAAAAAUACGGAAGAGAAGGACGGAUAGACGAAGAGUUUGUUCCACCCGAGAUCGAACCUUUCCAGGAGAGGGAACAUCUUCGUUCCUGGCUCUUCGACCCGGCUGCUCGGGACCAGUUCGUGAUGUUCCGGGGUGAUAAUGUCGGCGUAUAUUGGAACAGCAAGAAAGAACCGCCCGAGCCUAUCGUCGAUCGCAAGCACUGGACACAACUAUUCGUCUCAUGGUCUCCACAAGGGACAUAUUUGGCCUCUAUCCAUCAGCAGGGUGUCCAACUCUGGGGUGGACCAUCAUUCACACGCGUUCGACAGUUUCCUCAUCCGUUUGUCAGCUUGAUGGAGUUUUCUCCUGGCGAAAAGUAUCUCACAACUUGGUCGAAUCAACCCAUCACUGUGGAAGAGGGACGAGGACCUCUGACCAUUGAUGAAGAAGGCAAGCACAUCGUUAUCUGGGACAUCACCACGGGCAAGCCCCUCAGAUCCUUCGUUGCCUACGACCUUACACCUCCACCCGGUGCCGAUCCCAGUGUGGUCCCUCCCAAGGCCAAAGUCCAAUGGCCUGCCUUCAAAUGGUCUGCCGACGAGAAAUACGUGGCUAGGAUGAAACCGCACGAGAGUAUCUCCAUCUACGAACUCCCCCGGAUGAACCUGCUGGACAAGACGUCCGUGAAGAUCGAAGGGGUCAUGGAUUUUGAAUGGGCUCCAGCAAUCACCCAAAGAGAUGGCGUCAAGACCUACGAGUCGUUGCUCUGUUUCUGGACACCUGAAAUCGGCUCGAACCCAGCCAAGGUAGCAUUGAUGUCCGUUCCCAGCAAGGAAAUAGUCCGCACACGAAAUCUUUUCAACGUCACCGAUGCAAAACUUCAUUGGCAAUCCGAGGCCAAAUUUAUCUGCGUCAAGGUGGAUCGACACUCUAAGUCUAAGAAGUCCCUGGCCACCAACCUCGAAAUCUUCCGCAUAAAAGAGAAGGGGGUGCCGGUGGAAGUCGUGGACAGUCUCAAGGAAACUGUUAUCAAUUUUGCCUGGGAACCGAAGGGCGAUCGCUUUGUGUUGAUUACUGCAGGCGAAGCCGUUGCUGGCUCCAAUACUUUGCCGAAAACAGCCGUCAUAUUCUUUGCCCCUGAAAAGGUCAAAGGCGCAGGAACUGGUGCGUUCAAACAAGUCCGCACGUUUGACAAGAAGAACAGCAAUGGCAUCUAUUGGUCGCCGAAGGGACGCUUCGUGGCCAUAGCCACCGUCAGCGUCCAGCAGCACUCCGACAUUGACUUCUAUGAUCUCGACUAUGAGGGCGACAAGCCCGAAAGUGACGCUCAUCUGGCCGCUAACCUGAUGCUUAUGAACACCGAGGACCAUUACGGCAUGACGGACGUCGAGUGGGAUCCCACAGGCAGAUACGUUGUCACGAGUGCCAGUGUCUGGACUCACCAGAUGGAAAACGGUUAUCGGCUGUGGACCUUCUACGGGCAACUCCUUUACGAUGCGCCCACGGAGAAAUUCAAGCAGCUGCUUUGGCGCCCUCGACCACCGACCUUAUUGUCCAAGGAGGAACAGCGCGCCAUCCGGCGAAACCUGCGCGACUACUCCAAGGAGUUCGACGAGUUGGACAAAGAAUUGGAGGAGGGAGCGAACCAGGCCGUCAUCGACACCCGACGGAGACUGUACCAGGAAUGGUACAGUUGGGUCGCCCAGGAGAAGGAGCUGCUCAGACAGGAGAGAGAGGCUCUGGGACUCCCAGACCCAGAAGCUCAAUUGCAGCUCUCACGCACGCGGAGUGCCGAGGCAGAUGGCGAAAAGAUUGUCGAAGAAGUUGUGGAAGAGGUUAUCGAGGAAACAGAAGAAAUUGUGCAGUGA